CCCAGCCAGCUCUGUUCCGUCGUCUACUCUACCCUCGAGUGUUCAAGAGAGUUAUAGUAAUACCAUUGGCGCUAGUGGUAAUAGUUUGGUUUCGGCACAGCAAACGAAAGAAGAAAGGAAACGCUUACACACACGCAUACGCUCCUACACACACGUGAGAUCGGACACACCAACAACAACAGCAACAGAACCAGCUAUAGUCCUGUAUAUAGCUACGACAGCUUGCUGACACUGCUGCAUAUAGACCACAACGUAAACGCACAGCCAACUCGCUUGUAUUGUUGGUCCGAUGUCGGCGACUGGAGCGUGUCGAAAGUAGAGACGCAGCGGAGUAGAGUCGCCGCCUGCCACAGUCGUGGCGUCAAAAGCACCAACAUCAGAAGAAGGAGCAGCAACAGUUAUAGCCGCAUGAAGCACAGCCAUAGUGAGCUCAACAGAAGCUAGGAGGCCGCAGUUUACCCGGCACAACAGCAACGACCUCUCCAAAGAGACAUAUCGCUAUCGACAAGAACGAAGAAAGGAGCAUUUAAUGGUGGAAGACGAUCUACCGCUCCGCUAUGAGCCGUCCAUGUGCCCAUAGAGUUCUGCUCAUGAGUUCCGCUGUUGCUCGGAUAAUGCUGAUGAAAAAUAAUCCAUAUUACAGCUAGAAAGGACAACAGAAAAAACGUUAGGAGGCUUCACCUUAUAGUCUACGUAGUGCCACGCUAUUGUGACGGAAGGGAAUUUCUUCUUAAAGCGGAAGGCAUAAUACCUCUAAAAGUGAGCGAAAAUUCAGCGAGUUUUACCCUACGGAUUAUUGUAAUCACAAGACGCAGGCCAUUUCUUUUUAACCUACUAGGCGAGGAUUGGACCGAUUGUCGAAGUCCAGUCGUGAACUGUAUACAAUCUCAUUGCGCUAGAAAGGAUUUUCGAUAGUUUUAUGUCCUUAGCUGUGUGUUGGUUAACCGUGUAGGUGAGAUGUAACGCGACGUUUACGUGUUGUUCUGAUAACUGUUUUAGCACAGCAGUCGCUGCCAGGUGAUGACACAGGUGGCCCGUGGGUAGGUUUUACAGCGACCCAACCAAACGACCCAGUCGUAUGUGCAUUUGGAAAAGCAUCGACCCGAUUAACUGAGAGGGUAACACUGGGGACGAAGCACAGAAGCCCAGUCUACUUCACUCGUUUUCGUCGAAGAAGAGAGAGUUCAUCUACUCAUUUUUCAGUCGUGCUUUGCUGUUUGAUUUAAGGAUACAAGAAGUAGAGUGAUUACAUUGAAAUGAAUACAUAGACAGCAGCGAACAUUCACGUAUCUAUGAAGUUGUACGAGAAACUUAAAAUUUAGCACACAAAUGCUUGGAUAACGUCAUUAAAUGAGGAGUGGCUCGGUGCGCCGUUGAAGCUCCUAUAGGAGACUUCCCGGCUUUCGCUAAAUGAGCCUGAUCAACAAAUUCAAACGAGUGUUUUUUCUGCAGGUGACAAAAAACGCAAAAAAAAUAGGUACGACUCUCCUUCCCUCCGACGAGCCUUCAAGAAUAGUGUAAAUGUAAAAGGGAAAAAUCUGAUGGUUAACGCUUUUCCUUGCGUCACAGCUGAAUUGAAGGAAACUCGUUUGUGAACGGAUGCUCUGAAAGGAUACGUUAAUAUGGCUAUUGGUAGAUUACCCGAAAUGGCACGAGUCAGGUGCGCAGCAUAAAUUGUAGAUAAUCCUACAGAUCAAUGUAUGAUUAUUUGUCAGCACGAAUCAUUGAUCGUUACGUUGAUCGAUCUAAGCUUGACUGCAUUUGUGUGGACAAACGCCUUGCAACAUUACGACGUCAGUUGCCUGCCGUUACUGGACAUCGUCUCCGGUCCUCCUCAACGACAUCUGCGGUAUCGUCGCCGUCCCUGUUGUUACUGUCACGCCAUCGAGCCACAUGAGAGGGGAGUGAGAAGAACAAUACCACGGCCCAGAACGACAAUAACGUUUGCGAGCCAAACCCACCAUCGUCUCCUCAAUGGAGCGGAAUUCAUAGCAGGCGAUGCUCCCAGCACCGUUACUGGUGUUUAUGAUUACCGCGCUGCAACCCAACUGGACAGCGUGAUUGUCGUAAUGCGACAAGUCCUCGAUAUGCAAUGUUCUCAGCCGGUAGUAGUCGCUAUAACACUGGUGAUGUGAGCAGAACACCACAGUGACUUCCGAUCGCAGCGAGACAGCGCGCGGAAGGCUCCGGCGCUGACGACGUAUUUGGCGGUUUACCUCCAGAAUUUCUACGACAAGCUACAAGCCAGCCACAGCGUAAUAAACGACCCACGAAAGUGCUUAUGGUAUCAUCGAACUGCCGAAGCUGAAAAACAGGACAGAAGAUCCGAUUUGAUGCGGACCAACCGACUGAACUGUCUGUGUGCUUUCUCGCCUGUUUCUGACUUCGACAGACUCUUCCAUAUAUACUAUCUCCAUAUAGAACGCUGAACUUAUGUAGACGUCAGAGGGUACAGGCCAGUGUUGCGCAUCCCAGCUCUUGAUUGGUGUUGCUCCGGAGCUUCGUCCCUCGGCAUGAAGUUGGCCGGCUUGCUUGCGUGCGGCGUCACUCUAGUGGCGAGCGACGGCAAAGCGCCAGGACCACACGGGCAACGGCGGCGUGGACGAAGAAGAAAAGAAGAUGAGGCGAUUUUCACGCGCGAUUUACAGAAGGAUGAACGCGCGUCGGAACGGUCGGAUACAUAUAGUGGCUCUGCAUCGCUAACUUUCCUUUUUGUCGUUAUUCUGAUGUGCCCCCGCUUUUGCUACUAACGGUUGCGCUUGAGUGGCGUUCCAAAAGCAUUUUCCCUUCCCGAGGAUUCGGUCACAGUCCCGUUUCAUGCACUGGGUGUCGUUUUUCCUCCGGCCGUGCCGUGCCAAACCCCAUCCUCUGGAAGUUCGGCGCGCUGACCGAUGACCCUUAGACCGAGCGAACUACAUUUUGAGCGUACUUCUUAAAAACCUAGUUUCCUGCAGCAAACUAACUAUGUGCCCCUACGAGUUACUUUCAUAUAAUACAUAGCUAGGCGAAUGAGAGCCGCGAGUCGCGUUUGCCUCUGCGUUAUGGUGAUGGCUGUGUAAUCGGCUGACCUCUUCCGGCGCCUGACACAAUCUGAUCUCAGACGACGAAUCUCAACAAAAAUACCAGCUACAAUGAAGAUAAGUUUAGGUGAUCUACCUCGCGUGCGGUGGCUACAGGUAGCUCAGUAUUGUUUGGGAGUAUUUACGUUAUGGCUGGCUACAAGCGGACACCUUGUGACUGUUUUGGCCGCCGAAGGGAUCACGUCUGAAAUGAAUCACCCGGUUAGAACAGUUCGCAUAAACCGUGGCGCUGCCGAGGAUCAAGGAGUACGGUUCGCGCACGAUAGUGCGAGUAACUUCAGCCAACUUCUAGUCGAUGAAGUCAACGAGCAACUUAUUGUCGCUGGGCGAGACUUUCUCUUUCGGCUGAAUUUGGACAAUCUAAGCCGACUGGACGUCGAACGAUGGGCUUCACCGACUGAUACUGUAUCCCUAUGCAUCACAAAGGGCCAAUCGUCAGAUGACUGUCGAAAUUACAUUACCUCGCUAUAUAGUCACAACGGGACGCUUUUUACCUGUGGAACAAAUGCAUUUGCCCCACUUUGCCGCCGUUAUUCGCUCGUCGACUUUUCAAACGUUAUCGAAGAGGAAUCCGGCAAAGUAAAGUCACCACACUCGCCGGGGGUCAACAGUACCUCGGUCAUGACGGCUAAUGGCGACCUGUUUGUCGGGUCCCGCAUCGACUUUGGCGGCAACGAUCCGACAAUUCUGAGAUCCGGCGCUCGACCGCUUCUCCGUACGCCACAGUACGCGCAAGAGUACCUCAGCAAUCCGCAGUUUAUCGCCUCGUUUGAGGUAGGUCCAUUCGUUUAUUUGUUCUUUCGAGAGGACGCUGUUGAAUACCUCAGUUGUGGCCGUGCUGUUUACUCUCGUGUAGCUCGCGUUUGCAAAGAUGACCCCGGCAGCGACAAACAUAGCUGGACAACGUUUUUGAAGGCGCGUCUCAACUGUUCGCUGCCAGGCAGUAUACCAUUCUAUUUCAAUGAGCUACAGAGCGUCGACUAUCUGCCUGAACGGGAGACGUUCUUCGCUGCAUUCACUACCGGAGAAAACAGCAUCUACGGUUCGGCUGUUUGUACCUAUACGCUGGACGACAUCGAGACGGCAUUUCGUGGCCCGUUAACGGGUAACUUCGAUCGCUGGCAGAAAGGGAAAAUAGCCAGCACCCGCUUUCAGUGUCAGUGGUCAGACGCGAACAAGGGACCUGAUGGUCUCACCCAUGACGACGUCAUUGAUCUGAGAAAAUACCAGCAGACGUUCAAUGCUGUGCAGGCGUCACGCGCUCGACCUCUAUAUCAUGCUGAACUUGAGCGUAUCAUACAGCUUCAGGCUGACGAAGUUCAGAUGAAGGCGUCUUCUUCUAAACAGCAGAAUAGGGCAGGACAUGUCGGAGCUGAUAUUCUCUCUGUACAAGUCGUGUUUGCCGUCACCCUUGAAGGAACCAUCAAGAAAGUCGUGUUCAAUCCGCUGCGAAACUCAAGCUGUGUUGUAGAGUAUUUCCGUCCAUUCUCCGACAGCGAGAAACUCAAUCAACUGCAUCUGCACAAGCGACGUCAUGCCUUAUACGCGGCGACGGAUGUCAGCGUACUGAAGAUACCCCUUAGCUUAUGCAAAUCGUACAAAACACGAUUGGCCUGUCUGGGCACAGGCGAUCCGUACUGCGGAUGGAAUAAUCGCGAAGGACGUUGCAGUUCUGCGCCUGACGGCAACAUCGAUGACCCAAAAUGGGAACAAGCCCGUGCUUGUGCUGCCGAUGACCGAGUUGUGGAUGGAGGAUGGAGUCAGUGGAGUAGUUGGAGAACGUGUGGCCUGCUCGCGCUCGACGGCGACGAAUGCUUCUGUCGUCAGCGGAGGUGCGACUCCCCAGAAGCAUUGAACGGCGGUGCAGACUGCCAAGGGGAGGAUCUUCAAGUAGCGAACUGCACCCGCCAUGGUGGAUGGACAGAUUGGAGUGCGUGGUCUGCCUGCAGUGCGCCUUGUGGACCAGGUUACCAACACCGUACCAGAUCCUGCACCAACCCGCGACCAGUCUUCGGAGGACGUACGUGCAUUGGACAGUCUCGCGAGGAGCGUGGCUGUCCAGGCAAUCCGGUUUGUCACCCAUCGGGUGGUCAAGGCCAGCUAUCUCCAGCUGUGAGCGGCAUCACUCAUUGGAGCGAAUGGGGUGUUUGGUCUCCAUGCAGCGUGAAAUGCGGCGGCGGUUACCAGAUCCGUCAACGUGAGUGUACCUUAACAGGCGCACGGGAUUGCGAACUUGGAUGUACGAAGGAGUAUCGAGCUUGUAAUACACACGAAUGUGCUGAGGUACGCAGCGCCGCCGAAUGGACUCAGUGGCUCAUUACGAACCAGACAGGGAAGGGCCACUUCGAGCAGCGGUUCCGCUAUCAGUGUGUCGCAAGGGUACCUCAUUCUUCGAUUCUCCGACUGGUCGCCACGAAAAAAGAGAGGCUCUGCAGCGACGUGAGUGUUUGCCACGACUCGAGGUACGCUGCGGCAGCGGCGGCGAUGUCACCCAACGGCACAUGGAGUGAAUGGUCGCCUUGGGCUGAAUGCACGGUGACAUGCGGUGGAGGAAUCCAACGUCGCGAGCGAUUCUGUAUCGGGGGCAGCUUUGAUGUUGGGGGAGUUGAUUGUCAAGGUCAGUCGAUCGAGGAGCGUCAGUGCGCAGUCCAUUCCUGUCCGACCGAGGGUUGGUCAGAAUGGACCGAUUGGUCCGAAUGCGACCACCGGGGGGAACAACAUCGAAAAAGGCAUUGUAUCGCGAAAGACGAAUAUCGACGCCGCUGCCUCGGCGGAGUUCACACAAGAGAAUCUCGUAUCUGUUUGCACGAAGGCGUUUCGUUGGCCGCCGUCAGUGCCGUACAGUGUGGUGGAACUAGCGCUCUAGCCGUCACGGGGGCGGCGAUCGUUGCCUACAUGGUCGGAUUAAUCACGAUGAUUCUGGCAGUCCGCAUCUACAACCAGCGUCAUUGCGAGAAUGCCAUGCUAAACGCAACACCCCUAUCAACCAGCCUUCAGCACAUCCCUGUGCCGAAACGGCUCGGCUCUCUACCCCUUGUGCCUGUAGAAAAUAACACUUAUGUGCCCACCUUGACCUUCAAGGGCCCGGGUCAAUUUAGCACGUUACAGCAUCCUGCAACGGCCGUAAAAGCGGCCACAAUCAAACGGAGCAACACCUUUCGAGCCCAGAUUAGUGACGAUCAUAAUUUCUAAAGCUGUUCGGAGACGUAUUUGGUGAUAAACACAUAUUGACUGCACAGUAGCGACGCGAGACCGAAGCAAAUAGGAAAACGCA